AUCCAAUCCGACGACGUCGGCCCUGACGACACCACCACAUCUCUGCUCUGCUCGACUCCUCAGAAGAAGAAGAAUCGGGAUCCUUUGAUUUCACAGUAAACCAGUCACUGUAGGGCUGUACUCGAGUGCAACAACUAAAGUCAGAGGAAUCGGAUCCCUGAAGAUGAGAGAGCCCAGCGAGUUGGAAAGAUUCUGAGAAGAGAAAAAGUAGGAGCGAGUUGGAAAGAUUCUGCGUUCCACUUUGACAUCUCCUGUCCUCGUCUUCCCCUUGGCGCUCUCCCUCCCUCUCAGGAUUGCGUUUCUUUCUGCUGCGCGGUAACUUCGGUUCAGUUUUGUGUGCGCUGUUCCUGCGAAGGCGGGAGGCCCCGGAUGGAGCAGCACAGCCAGCAUAUCCGCCGCGACAAGGUCAUCAUCGACACGGAUCCCGGCAUCGAUGACAGCAUGACAAUCCUAAUGGCGUUCAAAGCACCAAGUCUGGAAAUCAUUGGGAUGACAACCAUAUUCGGCAAUGUUAGCACGGAGGGUGCAACUCGUAAUGCGCUAUUGCUGUGUGAGAGAGCAGGACAUCCUGAAAUUCCAGUAGCAGAGGGCAGCCCCGAGCCCCUCAAGGGAGGAGAGCCCUGUGUGGCUGACUUUAUUCAUGGGUCCGAUGGCAUUGGGAAUCUGUUUCUUCCUGCACCCACUGCUAAGAAGGUUGAGGAAAGUGCUGCUGAGUUCCUGGUUAAUAAGGUCUCUGAGUUUCCUGGAGAGGUUUCUGUACUUGCAUUGGGGCCCCUGACAAAUGUAGCAUUGGCCAUAAAAAGGGACUCUUCCUUUGCAAGCAAGGUGAAGAAAAUAGUUGUACUGGGUGGAGCUUUCUUUGCGGCUGGAAAUGUUAACCCUGCAGCUGAAGCAAAUAUCUAUGGAGAUCCAGAAGCAGCUGACAUAGUUUUUACCUCAGGAGCAGAUAUUGUUGUGGUUGGCAUUAACAUAACAACUCAAGUCUGCUUUACAGAUGAGGAUCUCUUGGAGCUAAAAAACUCUAAAGGGAAGCAUGCACAGUUCUUGUCUGACAUGUGCAAAUUCUACAGGGAUUGGCAUGCCAAGUCUGAUGGCUUCCAUGGAAUUGUCCUUCAUGAUCCUGUGAGCUUCACCGCCCUAGCUCUCCCCGAGUACUUCACGUUCAAGAAGGGUGUGGUGAGAGCGGAGACCCAGGGCAUUUGCACCGGCCACACUUUGAUGGAUCCGGGAUUGAAAAAGUGGGAUUCAGAGAAUCCAUGGACAGGCUAUAAACCGAUUUCAGUUGCAUGGACAGUUGAUGUGCCAAAGGUCAUUGGCUUCAUAAAGAAGCUGCUAAUGGCACCAUGAGCAAUAUUGCAACCAGCCAACCACUGAACCAUGUCCGUGCUUUCUGAUGUGCAAGAGAAUUUGACAAACUAGUAACCACGCAUGUGUGUGGCAAAAGAAAAGUGUGCUCUUUGUACCAUGGAAUACACAUGGUUAUUAGAAUAA